AUGGAUCAAUCUGUUGACCAGUUGACCGUUUCGUCGGAUGCCAGCAAUCCGUCAAAAACCACGGCAGAAAUUGAAUCGGUGGUCCGCGAUAGCCUGUUGUCGUGCACUUCGGCCCGCAACGCGGAAAUAGUGCUGACCGACGAGCAAUGCGACCGCGCUGACUGCGUGCUACUUCAUAUUACGGUAGCGAAAAAGAUGUGUAGAGUACAGUUUGAUGACGUCAUUCAAGUCUCUUCCACUCGUCGCAAGCAUCAGCGUUCGGCCCCCAUGCGACACACGGUGGGGGUUGACAGGUUCGAGUUUCUUCGCAGUAAAUCUCAGCACGAACGAUUCUUUUCGAACAAAGCCGAAAUCCCUGAUUUCUCGAAGACCACCACCGCCAAACGAUUUGUGUUCCCGUUAAGGUGGAAUCCGGUGAAAUCGUUCUGUGCCGCCGGCCUUCUGACCACAUUCAAAAGCUCAAAGUCGCCAAAAACCACUAAACCCGUAAAUGACCUUAAACCGUCCGUUGCAGUGUUAGUGUAUGCGGUGGUCGUUAGUCCGUGCCUGUGUCGUGAGUACUUCGUUUUGGAGUUGGUCAGUGGUACUCUCGUUAGAUGGCUAUGCUACAUAUUUAAUGUUGGUCACUAUGACUAG